GGGCAAACGCAGCGCGGCACUUGAAGGAAUCAAUGGAGAAAUAGCAAACGCCUUCAUGCCUGAUUAAUAAAUGGCAUGCAUCAAACACAUUAUCUCGUAUUUUGUAGCUCUUGAAUCUGCACGACCAUUUGCAAGUCCGUCGACUACCUAGCUAAAUGUAGGAGCUGUUAACGUUAAGCUAACUUAAACACCACAUCAACAUGGCACACUGGAGCCCCUUCGAAAAGGAGACAGAGAAGGAAACGAAGAAUUUGAUUAAAUGCUUCACCGGAGUCGAAGAUGAGGAGGAUCAGAAUUUCCAGCUGGCAAUGAAAUUUGCCUGGUCGAAUUUCAAGUUUCAUCGAUUCUUGGACGUGGACAGCCACAAAGUCCAACGCAGUAUAACUGGAAUCUAUGAAAAGCUCAUGGUCCACUCAGACCUGAGUAAAGCUGAAAGCUGGAUGAGGCUGACAGGCGAGUUCCUGAACUCACCAUUACCUAAUACAGAUGGAACGAAGACGGACGCACACUACAGCCUUCUGUCACUGCUUCUCUGCUUAUCAGGGUCGCCCUCAAACACAAACUUUACAGAGAGACCCAGGGUGAAGAAUGCGGAAGAAGAGGACAACUUUGACUGGGCAAGCUAUCUGAUGGAGGGGGAGGAUAUAGACAUUGGACCGUACCCUGAUACCCCUGAGUGGUCUGAGGAGGAGAGUGAUGAUGAUGACAGCCAGCAGCCAAUCAGCAGGGACGACUCUGGGAUCCAGUUGGACCGAACGCCACAGGACGACCAGGACAACAACGCCAAGACAGUUCCAGUUACAUGGACAGUUGGUGAGCCUGACGCCCGGGUCUGGCUUGAACAACAUGUGGUGACACCGUACUGGGUGGCUCAUGCGCCACGAUUCCCACACAGCUUACAUUUACACUCCAACCUGCUCAAUGUGUGGGAUCAGCAUUUGUACAACACUGACCCUUUGUAUCUACCAGAAGAGAAGGCCUUCGUCACAGAGACCCAGGUGAUACGGGAGACUCUGUGGCUCCUCUCUGGGGUGAAAAAACAUUUUAUCUUCCAACACCAUGAUGGAAAAGUGUCAGUAAAGAACAAUGUGGUGGUGACUCAUCUUACAAGUAACUGUCUGCGCUCCGUCCUAGAGCACAUUGCUGUGUACGGGCAGGCGGUGUUCAGGCUGCAGAGGUUCAUAGAUGAGGUGACGGGGUAUAGCUCCGAACCAGGCCCACCAGGCUCUGGAUCGUCUCACGGCUCAAAGAAAGGCUCAGAGCCUCCCUUCAGGACUUAUCAGGCCUUUGUGUGGGCGCUCAACAAGUACUUCACCAGCUUUAAGGAGGAGCUGACCACCAUUGAGAGAGAGAUCAUACGCAACGAUGAGACUGUGACCCUCUCUGCAGUUCUGGAGCGACUCAACCCUCACCUGGCACAGAUCAAAGUUCUGCACAAAGUCUUCUGCACUGGCGUGGCUGAAGUCCCACCAGAGACCCCGAAUGUUGUGCGGGCCUCUCACCUGUUGAACACUCUGUACAAAGCCAUCCUCGAGUAUGACAGUGUUGGGGAAGCAUCAGAGCAAGCAGUCGCUCUCUUAUUUUCUCUGUGGACAGAAACAGUCAGACCGUAUCUGGAGAUUGUGGAUGAAUGGAUUGUUCACGGCCACCUGUUUGAUCCUGCAAAAGAGUUCAUCAUCCAGAGGAAUAAGGAUGUCCCAGUGAAUCACCGGGACUUCUGGUAUGCCACCUAUACUCUGUACAGCGUGUCAGAGACGGUGGAAAACGAGGAGAAGCUGAAUGACUCGGCCAGUGGGAGCUCAGGAGGAGAUCAGGCCUGUAACAACAGGCAGCUCACCAUGGUGUCCUUCCUUAAACCUGUGCUCAAGCAGAUCAUCAUGGCAGGGAAGUCCAUGCAGCUGCUCAAAAACCUGGACUGCAAAGAGACUGAACAGUCAGACAGAUCCUCCAGAGAUGCAGAGAGGAAGAGCUUAUACACCCUGUUUCUGGAGUCGGUGCAGUCACGUCUCUCCAGUCAGGAGGAAUCUCCCACAGACACGGUCAUGGAGCAGCAGGCCACUAAACGGAGCCUCAUAAAGAUGCAGUCGAUCAUUGCUCAGCACCUGGAGAUUGACGACGUCCAUGAUCCACUGUUGGCAAUCAACUUUGCCAGGCUGUAUUUGGAGCAGAGUGACUUCCAUGAGCGUUUCUCUGGUGGAGAUUUCAUCGUGGAUAGAUCAUCUCAAUCUGUCACCUGCCAAACAUUUGAGCUCACCCUGCGCUCCUGCCUCUACCCGCACAUCGAGAGGAGGUACAUUGAGUGCUGUGGGAACCUCAUGAAGACCCUGAAAAAGGACUACAAACUACUGGAAUACCUCCAAGCCAUGAGGAACUACUUUCUGCUGGAAGCGGGGGACACCAUGUACGACUUCUACACGGCCAUUUUUGACAAAGUACAGGAGAAGGAGAGCUGGCAGCAGCCAUCUUUCCUCAACGUCCAGCUGCAGGAGGCUGUUGGACAGCGCUGCCCAGAGGAUAGCAGCAGGUUGUCAGUCUUCCUGGAGAACAUGGAUCCUGCCAGGAAAAAGCAUCCUGUAAAUAAUCUUGAAGUUCUUACUCUGAGCUACAAGGUUCCCUGGCCUGUAGACAUUGUGAUCAGCUCUGAGUGUCAGAAGAUCUACAACCAAGUGUUUCUCCUCCUGCUGCAGAUCAAAUGGGCCAAAUACAGUUUGGACACACUACGGUUCAGUGAUCUUACAGCUGCCACUAAGAAGCUGGAGGGGGCUGUGGCUGAAGAAGGAAAAUUCAAAGAGCCAAUAAAUCAGCAGAUUCAUCGAAUGUGUCUGCUGAGAGUCAAACUGAUGCACUUUGUCAACAGCCUUCACAACUAUAUUAUGACAAGGAUUCUGCACAGUACAGGACUGGAGUUUCAGCACCAAGUACAGGAAGCAAAAGAUCUGGACCAGUUGAUCAAGAUCCAUUACAGAUACCUGGCGACCAUUCAUGACCGAUGUCUACUGAGGGAGAAGGUCAGUUUUGUGAAAGAGGCGAUAAUGAAGGUCCUUAAUCUUGUCCUCAUCUUCUCCGACCGAUGGCAAGCUGGAUUUGGAGCCUGGAAGAUCGAGUCCAUUGAUAAAAUGGAAUCUGAUUUCAAGAACUGUCACAUGUUCCUGGUGACGAUACUCAAUAAGGCUGUUUGUCGAGGCUCCUUCCCUCACUUGGAGUCUCUGGCUCUCUCCCUGAUGGCUGGGUUCGAGCAGUGCUGAGGAUGCAUGUGUCUGUUUUUGAAGUGAUGGACUGAACUCCUCUGUCUGCUCCCUGAGUGCUGCCAUUGUCUGUGGUGAUGUGAGACAUCUGAUGUCACUCUCUGCUCCAGCUGUUGGACGAUCAUCUGUGUCUGUUUAUUUAAGACAUUCUGCUUGUGAACAUUUAUUAUCUUCUUUGUUUAUACAAGUUUUGUAUGUUAGGUUUUCUAUGAGCUGUUUUGCUGAUUGUUAAUAGUGUGUAUAAGUUAAGCACAAAGACUCUUGCACAGUCAUGUUUUUCCACUUCAUGUGCCAUUGCUUUGUAAUAAAAGUUUAAGAAU